UACAACUAUUGAGUAUCAAUCGAGAAGCGUUGCUAUUGCAGAAAAUUGAACCAGACCUUAGGGCUUAAGAAGAGAGGUAGCGGUGUUGAUCGGAAAUCAUAGCUUUACAUAACCGCAGCCAUGGCAUCUCGAAAUUCAUCACAUAACUUCAAAACAUCUCUGUGAGGACUUUCAUCAAACAGGUUGCACGCUAUUAAUUGUUAGCUUAUAGGAACGAGCUGAAAUUUUUUUCGGAGCAAGAGAAUUGGAUUGACAGGAUUUCUUUGGCAUCAACGCGUCGUGAAUCAAAUCUACAUCUAGGAAAUUCUAUCAUAAUUUUUCAAAGUGAUUUCACUUUUUUCGCUAGAAAGAGUGAAUUUAAUGAAACAGGCCCACUGACUUCUAGCAAGAGCAAAGCCCAUCAUCAUUUGGAGAAGGGGAAAUAGGAAAGAAUACAAGGAGAGGUAUGCAGCGGGAAAUUUCAGCUGAAGAGUAAAAACGAGAAGCGUUGCCGCCUCAGCCGCUAACUAUUAGCUAUCGAUUGCUGCUGUUUUCUUCUCUGCACCUCACGAUUUCUGUUUCGUCGGAGUUUUUAUUUCUUAAAAAGUUAAUGUGUAAAACCGCCGGCGUCGAAAUUUGGAGUGAAUUCGUCAGCUUCAGCUUGUGAAGAUGGAAGAAUUGUUAAACAACAAGACAUUCGCGCUGCACGCCGCCGCAGCGGCGGCGUCCGUGUCCCUAGGCACGGCCGUGACAUGCCCGCUGGAUACUCUCAAAGUCUUGGUCCAGGUUGGCUCCACCGGUAAGAGGCCGUUAGCUGCACCUGAUGUUUAUCACAGAGUGCGAGUUUUACCGGGAUAUUCAGGUUGGUACAGUGGCGUUGGGUGGCUGUCUUUGGGAAGAACGCUAGGUCUCGGUGUUCGCUUUGGUGUUUAUGAGAUUUUGACCGCAUUCUACAAAGAUGGUCGUGAGGAUGAUCAUUUACUUCUCUCUGAGGCUCUACUGGCAGGAUUUGCUUCUGGAACAGUCGAAUCACUGAUAAGCUCUCCAUUUGAAAUGAUCAAAGUUCGUGCUCAGGUUGCUUCUGCUUCUGGCAAUAUGCCCCCGCCACCCAUUGUUGAAAAGAGUGCUGUUCCUCCUCUAGUUUCGAGAUUGCUUCCCAGAUAUUCCCUGGAUAUGAAUGUGAUGAGCAAAUCCAUAGGCCUUUUGUCCACCUUGACCAAUAGAAAUGGAAACAUAUUGCAUUCCUUGAAAGAAUACCCAUGGAUGAUGACAGGAUCUGGGAAACCACCUCCCGUUAGCAAUGUUCGCUCGAACUCUAUCAGAAAUUGUUUCUCUGGAAGGAUGGAUGGCUCUCUGGAGAGGUUAUAGAUCUGGUAUAGUGAGAGAUUCCAUUUUUGGUGGCUUAUUUUUAGGGAGCUGGCAAUUUUUACACCAAGUCAUGAUCAACUGGAAAGCUGUGAAUAUGGAUCCUAUGCCAAGGUAUGACAGUGAAGUUGGUCCAUUGUCUCCAGUAGCUGUUAGUCUUUCAGCUGGAGUUUUCGGUGCCUUUGCUGCAGCUGUUUCACAUGGUUUUGACACCACAAGAAGUCGAUCACAAGUGCACUAUUUUACAUAAGUACUUAUCCUUGGAGAGGAAAUUUUUGAAGUGGCGUAAGUCAGGGAAUAGAGUUGAGAGGCUCACUGGAAUCCACCCUGCUGACAGAAAUUUACUGCUGAAUGGCAUAGGACUACGGAUGGCCCGUUCUGGACUCGCAUCAUCUGUCAUCGUUGGAAGCUACUAUUUCGCUAUCAAUCACCUGGUGUCUAGUUAAAGAGUCCUUUAUUUGCAAGAUUCAACUUAAAAACCGUUUAUUGAAAAUUAGGACUUGGGUUAACAUACAAAAGAAGAAAUUCCUUGAAUGCUUCUUAGUGCAACCAGACACAGAGCUUAUCUCCCUUGGAAUAACAAGGCUGCUACAGAGUUUAUACCCCUUCGUAACGUCAGGUUCAUACAUCCUUUUCACUGGAUACAAUCUUAUCUUUAUUGCUUUUGUCCCAUUACAUGUGACAACAAUCCAAGUUACUAGUGAACUCUGCUUAUAUUUAAGUUGAGGGCUCCUUGUAUAUGCUGUAUAAUCCCAUCUAGUCUACAUGCUUACAUUGAAGAUGUAUUUAGUCGUAGCAUAUGUAAUUAUUAGUCAGCAUAUUCAUUAAUUACGCUGGUAAACAACCGGGCAUAAUCGAUAAACUAGAAAAGUUGUGGGGAAUAUGUAUCCAUUCAAGUUUUGGAAAUGUUUGAUGGUUACAGAAAUGGACCCAUUACAUCACUUGAGUUUUUUCCAAGUUUGUGCUAUUAGUGGCACCUCCACUUUGCAUCUCAUGAAUGCCUUCUUCUCCUUUUAACACCAUUCAUUUGUACUUUUAAUCUGAAGUAGUUUCUGUUUGACUCAGUUUAAGCCUCCUAGUUUGACCUCAGAUAUUCAUUUGUACUUUUAAUCUGAAGUAGUUUCUGUUUGACUCAGUUUAAGCCUCCUAGUUUGACCUCAGAUGUUUAAAGCCGAUGAAUAGCUUUCGUAUAGAGCAAUGAUUCUAUACUAUGUGGAGUUUUGUAUGUGCUUGAUGUUUGUCUGUUUGAUUGUUUUCAUGGCCUUGGAAUCAUCACACCUACUUGGUUAAACAUGAGAGGUUUGGUUUGUGGUUGAUGUCAAGGGCUUGUUGUCUUUCCCCUUUUGGUGUCUUUGUCAAUAAAACUCAAAAACUUUGUGAUCAAGUUGAGUUUGGGCAUGUCUUGUGCAAUCAUAUAUUAUUGCUUUUAAUUUCAUUUGGUCCUUUUCAAGCAAAGUUCUAACCAUGAAGCUUGUACAUUGGGACUUGCCUUUGUACACGAUUAAUUGCU